AUGGCCCAAUCCUGGGCCUUCUUCCUCCUCGUCGUCCUCUGCUUCUGCUGUGUGUCCGACCUCAUCUGCGGCAGCAAUGGGGAGCGAGUCUUCCUCUACCCGCAGUCCCAGAAGGUCUCGUCCAUCGUCAGCCAGAGGUACCGGACCGCCUACCACUUCCAGCCCCCCAAGAACUGGAUCAACGAAAGUAGUUAUUACAUGGUGAGGGGGACGGCACAAAGCACUUUUGAAUUGCAGCACCCUACAUCUUACACUGCCUUCUUAAACAUUUCAGGGCCAAUGUACUACAAUGGCAUAUACCAUGAGUUCUACCAGUACAACCCCAAUGGCUCCGUCUGGGGUAACAUAGUUUGGGGCCACUCAGUUUCUACAGACCUCAUCAACUGGAUUCCACUUGAAACCGCAAUAGCGCGGGACACCCCGAGCGACAUAAACGGUUGCUGGACCGGCUCAGCCACAAUCCUCCCCGGUAACCGACUGGUCAUCAUAUACACCGGUGCCGACCCGGAAAAGCGUCAGGUCCAAAACAUUGUGGUUCCGAAAAACAUGUCUGACCCGUACCUGAGGGAAUGGACCAAAGCCGGCAAUAACCCGGUGAUCCAGCCGGUCGGUCCAGGCUUGAACUCGGGCCAGUUCAGGGAUCCGACAACCGGUUGGGUUGGACCUGAUGGACUGUGGAGGAUAGCAGUUGGUGCUGAGCUCAACGGCGACAGUGCUGCACUUUUGUACAAGAGCAAAGACUUUCUGAACUGGACUAGAGUUGACCACCCACUGUAUUCAUCCAAUUCCUCCUCUAUGUGGGAGUGCCCGGAUUUCUUCGCGGUAUUGCCAGGCAAUAGCGGUGGACUGGACCUGUCUGCAGCGAUCCCGAAUGGUGCCAAGCAUGUCCUCAAGAUGAGCCUGGAUUCCUGUGACAAGUACAUGAUUGGGGUUUAUGAUCUGAAAAGUGACACCUUUAUUCCAGAUACUGUCCUAGAUGACCGCCGGCUAUGGUUGAGGAUCGAUUAUGGUAAUUUCUAUGCCUCAAAGUCAUUUUUCGACUCGAAGAAGAGCAGGAGGAUCAUAUGGGGUUGGACUAACGAGACAGACAGUUCUUCGGACGAUGUUGCAAAAGGUUGGGCAGGAAUCCAUGCAAUUCCCAGGACAAUUUGGUUAGACAGCCAUGGCAAGCAGUUGCUGCAAUGGCCAGUUGAAGAGGUCGAGUCCCUUCGAGGAAAUGAAAUCAACCAUCAAGGACUAGAGCUGAAGAAGGGUGGUCUGUUUGAGAUUAAGGGAACUGACAGUUUCCAGGCUGAUGUGGAGAUAGACUUUGAGCUGACGUCCAUCGAUAAAGCCGAUCCUUUCGAUCCCUCCUGGCUUUUGGACGUCGAGAAGCAUUGCCGGGAAGCGGGUGCAUCAGUCAAUGGUGGCAUAGGGCCAUUUGGACUUGUUGUCCUGGCCUCUGACAACAUGGAGGAGCACACUGCUGUGCACUUCCGGGUGUACAAGUCAGAGCAGAAGUACAUGAUACUCAUGUGCUCUGAUCUAAGAAGUUCUUCAUUGAGACCAGGACUGUACACACCAGCCUAUGGAGGCUUCUUUGAAUAUGACCUUGAAAAAGAAAAGAAGAUAUCUCUGAGAACUUUGAUUGAUCGGUCGGCGGUGGAGAGCUUCGGCGGUAGCGGCAGGGUCUGCAUCAUGGCCAGAGUGUACCCCGUGGCGGUUGUCGACGGCGUGGCCCACAUGUAUGCCUUCAACAACGGCAGUGCCACGGUCAGGGUGCCACAGCUCAGGGCCUGGAGCAUGAGGAGAGCACAAGUGAAUGUGAAAGGGAUGGAGUGA